GUAACACUAAAUCGGGCGGACGAGCGUAGUGAAUGGACGCCAUUUUAUAUUUAGUGAAUUGAAUUGCGUGUUUUAUUUGUGGUGUUUUACAGAAAUCUAACAUCAUUCAUUUGACUGUGAUAAUUACUAAUAACUGAGUUCUAAAGUAAUAAUUUAAUCCUACUAAUAAGUUUUCUAUUUAAGCAACUAACUAUCUAAGAUGGGGAGAAAGAAGAAGAAGGCAUCGAAACCUUGGUGCUGGUACUGCAACCGGGAGUUUGACGAUGAGAAGAUUCUCAUUCAGCAUCAGAAGGCGAAACAUUUCAAAUGCCACAUCUGUCACAAGAAGCUGUACACGGGGCCCGGACUGUCGAUACACUGCAUGCAGGUUCACAAGGAAGCGAUAGACAAAGUACCAAAUUCAUUGCCAAAUAGGUCAAAUAUUGAAAUUGAAAUUUAUGGAAUGGAAGGUAUACCACCAGAAGAUAUAAAGGAGCAUGAGAAGCAAAAGACAGGUGGCGGUAAGGGCUCAGAUAGUGAAGACGACGAACCUGCAGCCAAGAAAAAGGCAACGCCAGCACUGCUGGGUGCGGGUCCGUCCGGGGUGGCUCCGGGCAUCCUGCCGACGCCCAUGGGGCCUGUGCCUCCGGGCAUGUACCCCGGACACAUGCAGAUGAAUAUGAUGGGUCCUAUGGCACCCCCUUUCAUGCAGGGACACAGAAUGAUGAUGCAGGGUAUGCGGCCGCUGUUCCCCGCGGCCAGCGCGCCCUCCGCCACGCCCAGCAAGCCCACCUUCCCCGCCUACAGCAACGCCACAAUAAGCGCGCCCCCCACCACGUCGAGCAGUUCGGAAGCUCGCGAGAACGGCGACGUGCGCCCGCCGGCCGCCAACGCCUGCCCUCUGGUCACCGCCACGGGAGCCGGGGCCAAGAUCGUGCACCCUCCUGAGGACGUGUCACUAGAGGAGAUUAGAGCGAGGCACUCCAAGUACCGCGCCAAGCCGAAGGACGCGCCGCCGCCCGCGCAGCCCUCGCCCGCGCCGCCCGUCGUGUCGCCCGCCACCAGCCAGGCUGAGCAAGUCCACCAGCACAACCUGCAAGUGGCAGCUCACAUGUCGGCCGCAGUCGCGGCGGCGCGCCAACAGCAGGCGGCCGCGGCCAUGCGCCGGCCAAUCAUGCAGCAGAUGAUGAUCCCGCAGCCAAUGAGGGUCGGCGUGCCGGUGUCCAUGCCGCCCGUCAUGGGCGUCAUGCCGGUGCACAUGCAGCACUUCAACCUGAUGCGCCCGCUGCAGCCCGGCAUGCUGCUGCCGGGCGGGAUGAUGCCGAUGGGCGCCAUGUUCCCGGGCGGCGUGCCGGGGCUGCCCAUGAUGCAGCCGCGCUUCCGAUAGCCGCCGCCAGGUACCCCACUGCCGACCUCUAACCGUUGUCAUUCACCUUUACGUCCGCUUGAACGGUUGUGUGUCGCAUCCGCGCUCUUUGCUAUUAAAUAGCGGUGACGGGAUACUAACGCGACGCAAGGUAAGGCUUACGGGCACCGGACGUGCCUCGUGCGGCUCCGAUGUAUGUGGACUAGACUAGGCUUGUAGAGUUACGUUAGGGUACUGUGUAUGGAGGGCGGGGACAGGUGAGCGGUCGCCCCGGCGGGCUGGGCCUCAGUUCCCUGUGCUCUGCACACCGGCGACCUGGUCACAACACUGUUGUUGGAUUGAGGCCCCCUGUCCCUUAGCGGUCACUCUAUCUCACGCUCUCACUACAUUUUAUUAAUAUGGCAACAGUUUCAUUUUAGUAAUACAAUCAUAAGUUUUUUGGUAAUUAUGAAAUGUGUGUAAAGUUAUCGACAAAUGUUUAAUGUUAUUUGCCUUGAAAUUUCUCUUCUCAAAGCAUUUCCAACAAGUUGUGAUGUUUGCCUACUCUUGUAGAAUUUUGACUAUUUUACUCAAUAAAUGCGCUGGACUUAA